UCCAAAGAACAGUGAUCCGUCGACCGGUGAAGGGAACGCGUCGUCGAGAGAACCGGACCCCUCUUUCGAACACAAUCUAUAUUCUACUCCGGUCUUUCGCUAUUUUUAUGCGUUGAAGAAAAGAAAAAAGAGCGAAAAAAAAUUAUACCACAGCCCGUACGGUGCAGUGGCGAGGACAAGCCUUUGAGAUCACGCAAAGAUUUCGCUCUAAAAACCAAAAUAUCGAACCGGUACAUUUGGAAGGGUUCAGAAAAAUAUAUAUAUUCAUACAUCGACCCAGCGAAUGUCGAAAGAAAACUGAAAAAAGAGAACGAAAAGUCGAAGAAUUGACGAAAUGUCUUCGAAGGCCGCUUAACAAGAGCCAGCAACAUUCGAAGAAAAGUAAAGUGAUUUCAAUGCCUGGCGCUGAGUAUCGUCCGGGGCUCUCGCGCAACGCUGCCUAUACAAUUAAAAGUGAACAUUUCCGUUCCUAAUUAAAUUCGCUAGUUCAGGAAGUGUUCCAUCUUCGCUUAAUCUGCGUUGGUACGCCUUUGAUUAGGACCUUGGUGCGUGGGUAUGUAACCAUCAGCAACACCUCGUGCGCGUGUGAAUUUGAGGGGCUGGUUGCUCCGGUUUCAUUUCGCUAGCGCCGAUUUCUCGCCUGGUUUCAACGUUAUUAUAAUAAUAAAGCGUGGAGAAGGUAAUAGAUAUACCGCAGGGAUAUAAUCUGUGAAAGUUACGUGCAAGUUUUUACCGUGAUAAUUUCAUUGAGAUUCUGAAGAACUGCGACCGCGAUUACCGCGAUUGUCCAUGUCAAAGAUAAAUUGGCAAAAGAGGGAUUCGAGUAUAGGAGCGUAAAUGUGAAACCUUGUGAAGUGAAGUGGGACAUUUCAAAGGGCGGGAAACAAUAUGUCCCUAUUACAGUGUUUCCUAGUCAUCCUCGUCGCACCGGCAAUUUUAACCAACCCGGUUCAAGUCGUAGAAACGGACGUGCGAUGUGGCCAUCCCGCAGUGCCGAUGAACGCCCGGGUUUCCUUGUCGAGCGAAACCUUGGCCCCUGGCACUUUGGCAACCUACACAUGCGACGCUGGCUACGAAUUGUUCGGCCCACCGACGCUAAAUUGUAAUAACAGAGGGAAGUGGCAAGGAGACCUACCAUUCUGCGGGACCAACGUAGCUUUUCGAAAACCUUCGAACCAGUCGACCACCGUAAGGGGUGGCGAAGCGGCGCACGGGAACGACGGUGACGUUGGUACCGAACACGAUGGACGAAGGUGUACGGAAACUCAAAGCGAACACAGCCCUUGGUGGAGGGUUGAACUGAUGAAAGAAUACGCGGUCAAAGUAGUCAGGGUCACGACAAGGGGGUGUUGCGGUCAUCAGCCGCUUAAGGACCUUGAAAUACGAGUGGGAAACAGCAGCACCGAACUCCAAAGAAAUCCACUGUGUGCCUGGUUCCCCGGUACCAUAGAAGAGGGCGUAACGAAGACUCUAACUUGCGCCAGAGCCCUGAUCGGACAAUACGUAUUCCUCCAGCUCGUAGGCGUCGAAGGGAGUCUGAGCCUUUGCGAGGUCGAGGUUUUCGCCACCGACGAAUUUUCGGUGGACAGAUGCGCUAGUGCCGGUACUCCGGCGGACACCGACCUCGCAGCCUUCAACUCGACGUGCUACGAAUUCGUCGUGACGAAGGGAGGCUCAUUCAGAGAUGCCAGAAAUUAUUGCGAGGCACGAGGUGGCGAUCUGGUGCACGGAUUUAUGGGAUCGUCUUCGAAAUUCAUUCUCAACAACCUCGAGAGAAGAAAAGACAAACUGAAAACACAGCUGGUCUGGAUAGGGGCUGAAAAAGAGCCACAGAUAACCGCGAGAACUUGGCGAUGGGUGAACGGUGACGUAAUACAGAAGCCAGCCUGGGGGAAAGAUCAACCUAAUAAUUAUAACGGUGAACAAAACUGCGUGGUACUCGACGGAGGUAGAGCUUGGCUCUGGAACGACGUCGGCUGCAACCUGGACUACCUCCAUUGGAUUUGCCAGAGCAAACCGAGGACAUGCGGGAGUCCUGACAAGGCGGAGAACACGCGAUUAAUCGGAAACGAGAGAUUGGUGGGAUCUAUGAUCGAUUACGAGUGUCCCGAAGGAUUCAUGUUGGUCGGUUCGCGAUCGAGGACCUGCGGGGAGUCGGGUUUCUGGAGCGAACGUGCGCCGAAUUGUAAAUUCGUGGACUGCGGUCCGCUUCCUGGACUCGAUCACGGCAGUGUGACCUUGUUGAACGGAAGAACGACGCACGGUGCGUUGGCCAGGUAUAAUUGCAAGGACAAUUACACAUUGACCGGAGAUUCGAAGAGAGAAUGCGGCGACGCCGGUAUCUGGUCGGGAAGUCAACCGCAGUGCAUGUUCGACUGGUGUCCCGAGCCCCCGUCGAUCAACGGAGGUCUCGUCGCAACGUCCGGAAGACGCGCCGGAUCGAAAGCGACGUAUUCUUGUCAAAACGGUUUCGUUUUAUUCGGCGACAACGUCUUGGAGUGCGACAUCGGUGGUAAAUGGACAGGUAAAGCGCCCCAAUGUCGUUUCGUGGACUGCGGAGCACCCGCGCAAAUUGAAUCCGGCACGGUAACGCUUCUAAAUGGAACGACAACGGUCGGUAGCCUGUUGGAGUACACUUGCCCGGCGGAUUUCUGGUUGUUGGGCGAGGCGAAGCACGAAUGCAACCGCGACGGAAAGUGGAGCGACGACACCCCCUCGUGCGAGCUAAUUACCUGCGAGGAGCCCGAAGUUCCGACCGGAAGUUACGUGGUGGGAUACGACCUGAACGUUCACAGUGUGAUCGAAUACCACUGCGAAACGGGUUACCUUCUUCGCGGGGAACCGCGUCGAACGUGCGGCAAAGACGGCGAUUGGAGCGGGGAAGUUCCCAACUGCGAGUAUGUGGACUGCGGCAAGGUACAACCGGUGCUCUACGGCACAGUGGAAUACGCGAACGGUACGACUCACUUGGGAAGCGAGAUUACUUAUUCUUGUACGAGGAACUACAGACUCAACGGUGUCCCCAGGAGGUACUGUCUCGACAAUGGAAAAUGGAGCGACGGAACACCGAAGUGCGAGGAGGUGCGAUGCCCCGAGCCUGUAUUAGCGGAACACGGUAUCCUCUCGGUAACCGGAAACGACCGUAUGUACGGACGUACAUUGGUGAGGACCGGCACCGUGGAAAAUUCGAACACCGGCGCGACGUCGUACAAAAUUGGCGCCUUGGCCAAAUACCGUUGCGAACGUGGAUACAAAGUGAUAGGAGAACCGCUCUCUACGUGCGAGGAUAAUGGCAAAUGGAGCGGCGCGGUACCCCAGUGUGUCUACGUAGACUGUGGAAAACCAGAAGACAUUCAACACGGUCGUUACACCCUUGCCUCGAACGCGUCCUACUACGGAGCCGCCGCACUUUACGAAUGUGACGGUAAUUUUGAACUCGACGGUUUCGCGAGGAGAUUAUGCCUCGAGAACGCAACUUGGAGUAGCGAGACUCCAGUCUGUCGUGAAAUCAGAUGCAGAGAUCCGGAUAAAACUGGUAUUUUAUCCGCCGAGGUUUCGACGCACAGUGUCGGCGGUUUAGCUCGUUAUGCUUGUCCCCGAGGUUACUACAUGGAAGGAAACGAGACCAGAGUUUGCCUACAGAACGGUUCAUGGAGCGGCAGCAUACCUGCGUGUUUCUCCGUGGACUGCAAGCACCCGGAUCCGAUCGACAACGGCCGAGUUAUCGUCGUCAACGGUUCCACGACCUUCGGCGGUGCUGCCGAAUAUCAUUGCCUGCCGCAGUUCGAAAGAAAUGGACCUUUUUUGAGAAAGUGUCUCGAUACCGGACUCUGGAGUGGCCAGGAACCGACUUGUGAAAUGGUGUCGAACGAGAUAGCGGAAGCCCAGGGGGUUGGAACGAGCGUUGGAAUCGGCGCCGGAGUAAUUUUAUUCAUUCUAUUGAUACUGGGGCUGGUUUACUUGCGACUGCGAAAGGCGACGCCGGUUAAAAAUACGGAAAAUGUUCAGGCUGCGGAACGCAAGGAUGAUCAAAACGCGGUCGUUAUGUCCUACGCCAGUUUGAACGACGGUACGCCAAAUACGAUGUACGAAAAUGUACCGGAAGAAGGACUUUACGACAGUCCGUACAGCAUUGCCGGCAGCACGUACGGCUACGGUGGUAGCAACGGUACCAGAGCUUACGACAACAGAAGUGGACAUUACGAGGCGGAACCGACGCCCAGAAAUGGCAUAACGAUCAACGGUGUCUCCGUGCGAUGAAAAGUUAGGAAAAAAAAAAAAAAAAAAGUCUAUUGAAGGUCGUUAUACAAUUUUCAUUUCGCAUUUUUGAAAUGAAUUUCAAAGAGAGCUGGGAUCCAGCCAUACCGUGUAUAAUUAAUUUAUGAAACCUCCAUACUAUGUUAAUAUAUUAUUUGAAAUGUGUAAAUAGACAUCGACACGAAUGCGAACGAGUUGUAGGAGAGAAAAAAAAGAAAAAGAUGAAGAACUACUCUGUAUAGGAUAAGUGUAGGCCAUUUCUGUGUUUCGGCUGCAAUGUAUGAUUCUCUGUAUAUAUAUAUAUGUGUAAUAUCAACUUAUGGUAUACAUGAAUGCGUGUCAUUACUACGAAUAUUGUUAUCGAUAUGUAAUAUGUGUAUGUAACUAUAGUAUGUAACGAUAUUUAAAUGACGUGACGCAUUCACGUCUCUUAAUUACAUGUGUUAUAUAAUGUGUGAAUAAAAUAAGGAAGUGAUUUUUGUUUUAUUUAAAAAAGAAAAGAAAAGGAUAAAAAUUUCAUUUUUCCAUCCCCGCCGAAACAGCCGACAGAUUUUAUUACUCGCUUCGCAAAGGCGCGCACAAGUCUUUCCUUGGAUCGUUUCUCGCAUUGCAAAACUUAAUAAAAAAUUAGUUCGUUCGCAGUCCAUAUAAGGUAUGGAAUCGGGUCUUGAGAACGCCUUGGUUUCCAACUACGGUUCUCCUCGUAUCUCGGCUACCUCGGUUUGGUUUUAAAAGGUACGAUGUGCGUUUCUGCCCCCCCCCAAACCCGUACGAAAUAAAAUCCACCCCACGGGUGUUCGGUUUGAAACAUCUGAAUCGCCAUCUAUCUCAGGGGGUGGAAAGCAACCCCGACAAGGCAGCAGCCUUUAAACAUCCGUACAUCGCAGCGAUUAUAAACGACGCGUAAUUCUUUCAAUUUGUUCGCUUCCGAAAGAUCUAUCCGUACGAUAAUGGCGCAAUUAAAUAACGAGUGAAAUGAAUGAGUAAACCAAAAGUAGGACAAGUAUUUCCAGUUCAAUCUGUACCCGUGAGCGGCGCUAAAGCAUCGGGUGUGGUGCGUUGUGGUAAAAGUUCUCUAAGUUGUGUUCAUCGCCUGAGUCACAAACGACGAGUUUUAGCAGCUGCGCUCUGUAGUUUCCACGACGGUUUCCACGUAUAACAACGCCGUUGUAUCGUACCGGAGUGUACAAUUUUCGAUAGUUUUCCAUUUCAAAGUCGUAUAAUUCAGGAACAUUUGACAGCGACCUGCCUCGCGUCCAGUACGACCGCCAUUGCUCGCGGAGCUCAUGGAAGUUCCAGAGCCGCUUUUAGUAGAGUUGAAAUUUUAUUUUCAACGCAAGACAGUUAGGAAAAAUCACUUUCUAGCUAAAGAAAAAAUUAGGAUAACCAUAUAACCAUUGCAAAUAGAUUGAAAUCUCGAAAUAUUAAACAAUAAAUGAUCUACGAAAAAAAGGAAAAACACAAUUUGUUUUGUUUCUGUUUUGAAACAAGUAAUUUUUGAAUACUAAUAUCAACUGCCUCGAUCACGUAUAGCGUCCCAUUGGUGAAGGGAUAGAGAAUAAAAAUUUACGACCUUCGCGGAGACUGUACGAAUAAUUGUAAAAAAAAAAAAAAUUGCAACAUCUUGAUCCAAAAGUCUAUGCAUUUGAAUACUCAAUGUCCCUUUCAUUUUCGUCGACUUGUUCUUACUUUUAUAUAUAAACCCGAGAGUAAUACCUAGUUAAUUGCAUUCUCGUGGGUUCAAGUUUAUUUUUACCUUAACCGAAAGCGCGACGUCAUAGAAUUUCCUGUCUUAUAAUUUUCCGAAAAUAAACGAAAACCCCUACCCGCCGUUGCUGCUAAGUAAGCUUAGUUAAUAAGCGAAAACUUUCAAUGGGGUCUUGGCAUAGCUGAAUUUACAAUGCUUCGGUGUCGGCAACGCGACAAUAUUUUUCUCUUAUCACGUCGAGUCAUUCGGUAUACAAAAGACCGAGUCAAGAUCUUUCGGCGAAUACGAAACGACGAUGACUGCUGACUAUAUGUAAACUUUCUGUGAGUCAACUGAAAUUCUUUGCAUUGCUUUCUAACGACGUCACGGAUACCCAACGUUUCUCGACCGAAUCAGUACAUAUAUCGGUAACGCUGUAGCGUAUUUCGAAUCCAUAAAAAAAAAAUAACUAUGCAUAUCGGCUCGUUAUCUUCCAUUUAAAACAACCAGUUUUAUUUUCAGACAUAAGAGAUGUCGUCC